GAUCGGCGGUGGUGGAGGGUUUUGUGGGUCAUGGAGGAGGAAGGUAAAUAAAGGAGACGCGCUGGUAACACACGGCAGCUGCACUCGCACGUUUUCCCGGGAGCUUCGACACGCUGGACGCGACAGAUUCUGGCCCGACACGGUCGUUGAAGUCAGCCGGAGAGGAGGGACGGUCCAUCGGCUCCAGCAGUCGGCGGUGAGUUCUCAGGUGGUCUGAUUGGGUUUUGCCUGAUCCUCGUGUUGCCAUGGCGAUGCGGGAGUUGGUGGAGGCAGAAUGUGGGGGAGCCAAUCCCCUCAUGAAGCUGACCAGUCACAUGACCAAGGAAGGGGGGGCAUGGCGGCACCGCUCAACACCUACAAUUCCCCCGACUCCUAUUGAAAUAUCAACUGAAGAAGAGCUGGUGAAUGAGUUCCUUCAGGCCCCCCCACGGGCGCCACACACAUUUGACAUGGGUCAGCUGCUUGAGGAAAUGCAGCAGAUUGACCAGCAGAGCUACAGACAAGCACCACAGAGAGCUCCAGAUGUGGCAGCGUUGGCCCUCUCCGGGGACUGGGCGUCCGAGUUCGUCUCGAGUUCGGACCCGGCCGCCGCACCGGGACUCAUCGCUCUCGGCGAUGCAGCAGAUGCUGAUUGGACGAGGGAGUUUAUCGCUGAGGCUGCAGAUCCUGGACGCUGGGCGGAGGAGUAUCUGGAGCAGUCAGAGGAGAAGUUGUGGCUCGGAGACCUUGGAGACAAGGAAAACGAAUGGACAAAAGAGUAUGAACCAGGGGAGGAGCUGAGGGAGACGGCCAAUGAACUUGUCUCAAAGGUCGAUGACCCUAAGUUACAAAACACAGAGUUCCUGCGAUUCGUUAGGCAGAUUGGCGAGGGCAGUGUCACAGUGGAGAGCAAAACAGACAGACAGCUCACAGAUAAGGCUCAGGCCCAGGAGGCUCAGAACUGGGCCUCCAACCUCAACCAGGUGUCAGAGGAGUCGGCCGAAGCCUGGGUAGAUGAGUUUGCCACGGCAGGACCAGAUUUCCAACAAGCCAAAGCUGCAGUGGAGAGUGAUGUGGAUUUCUGGGAGAAGCUGCAAACGGAGUGGGAGGAGAUGGCGAAGAGGGACGCAGAGAGCCAUCCCUGGCUGUCUGACUUCGAUCAGCUACUCAGCACUUCUUAUGACAAGGGUUAUCAGUUUGAAGAGGACAACCCCUACUUAUCUCACCCGGACCCUUUGACAGAGGGAGUGACAAGGAUGGAGGCGGGGGACAUCCCGGGUGCCGUGCGCUUCUUUGAAAGUGCCGUACAGGCAGAACCCGGCAACCAGCUGGCUUGGCAAUAUCUGGGAACCUGUCAGGCUGAGAACGAGCAGGAAUUUGCUGCCAUCAGCGCACUCCGCAGAUGUAUAGAGCUGAAGAACGACAACCUGAUUGCUCUAAUGGCGUUGGCUGUCAGUUUCACGAAUGAGUCGCUGCACAGGCAGGCCUGUGAGACUCUUCGGGAUUGGCUUAAGCACAAUCCAGACUACCGCUCUGUCUGGGACCAGAACGAGCUGGAACGCCAAAAGGACGGUGCCAGAGAUAGGGAGAAGGAGCGGGAGAGGUUCGGGUCACUGCUGCCAGAAUCUUUGUUUUCAGACGUCCAGUCCCUUUUCCUGCUUGCAGCCAACUCGGACCCCUCCAAGGUGGACCCCCAGCUGCAGUGUGGUCUCGGAGUUCUCUUCAACCUCAGCGGCGAGUACGACAAGGCGGUGGACUGUUUCAGCGCCGCUCUGUCUGUCACACCACAGGACUAUCUGCUGUGGAACAAGUUGGGUGCCACGCUGGCUAAUGGAAGCCGCUCAGAGGAGGCAGUGGCCGCCUACAGGAGAGCUCUGGAGCUGCAGCCAGGUUUCAUCCGUAGUCGCUACAACUUGGGGAUUAGUUGUGUCAAUUUGGGAGUACACAGAGAGGCAGUGGAGCACUUCCUCGAAGCCCUGUCUCUACAGCGCCAGGCGGCCAGCGAUGGGGCGAGAGCUGCCCGGGGCCCUGGAGGAGCUGCAGCCACCAUGAUGUCCGACAACAUCUGGUCGACCUUGCGCAUGGCUCUCAGCAUGAUGGGCGAGAGCUCGCUGUACACCGCCGCCGAUCGCCGGGACUUGGACACAUUGUUGGCUCACUUCUGCCAGAGAGAGGUGGAGGGUGGGACUGAAUGAAAACCAGCUGGGGGGGCGCUUAUUGAGUGUGAAUGUGUUUUGCUGGGAGGGAAAUGUGUGGGUGACUGAAUGAAGCGGAGAGGAAUCCGAGUGGUAACAGUUCGAGGGAAAUGGAGACACUGUGAAUUAUCCACCGUCCCAGAGACAUCAUCUUGUGCUUGUGUAUGUUUGAGUGACUUUUAUCAAACUUUGCAGUCUGUACCUGAGAAGAGAACCAGUCAGCAGUACUACAGACAUGUCACUGUAUUUUUAAAUGUUGGGAUUUUCUUCAUUGCCUUGAUCUAUAGAACUGGGCUCGAUCUGAAAUGUGUUCUUAGUGAGGAGAUUAAAUGAAGAAGAAUGAAUGACUUCCCUCUGUACUCAGUAACCAGCUGUAUGGACAGUUAGUUAUGUAGUUAUGUUUUUCAUGAACUCUCAUAUUCUUUAACAACAACAGAUUGUAGAUUGAACCGUUAGUCUCUACGGUUAUGUAAAUUAAAGGUACAGUAUUUCAGUGACAUUGAAAAGAGUACUGCUUUUAUCAAAAGUGCUCUCAAGAGAAAGCUGCCGAUAACAAACAGUAGUCAGAAGUGCUAUAGUGGCUUGUUUCUUUAUUUACCUCUAUCUUAUUUAAUUUUUUAGUAAUCAUUUAUCAGCCGGGACAAUGAACUGACAACCAGCAGGACUGUUACUGUAAUGAUAACGGUGUGUGUAUGUGUGUGUACAGGAUGUUUGUGUGUUCGGGCCUGGGUGGGUGAUAUUAAUCCUCUAUUGGAUGAUAAGAACAUAUAAUUGUAAUAUCGUUGAGGAUGAUUUCCUGCUCUUUUUCAUAUCGCUCUUGUAAAACAAUUUGCUUCAUUGUAAAAUAAUGCUAUAUGCCAUAUUGUGUAUUGUAAAAUAAUUGUUGCACUAUAAUUGUUUUCAGGCUACUUCUAUCCUGACUGCAAUGUUUAAUAUAAUAUUCAGCAAUAAAGCUUUGAUUCCAAA